AAAACGAAAAAUAAAGAGUUGGAUUCAAAUAAUUUUUCCUUUUCUUUUCAAUGGAAAAAAUGAUAAAAUCUAAACAUUAUCAUUUUUUACGUAUGAGGGCAUUAUUCAUAAACAGUUUCGGCAGUAACGAUAUUGAAAUUGAAUGACAAAUGCCGGUUGAGAAUCAACUAUAUGCUUUAUGAACACCUAGAUUUUCAUUUCAGCAGUAAUUAUCUGAAUGCAUUUUCUUUCCCAAGGAGUCACAUUUUCUCCAGUCCCUAAGCGUCAGAAUUACUUCUACAAGCCCCUUCAUCUCCUAUUUACUCCCAAAAAUACUCUAUAAUAUUCUACAGCAACAGGUUUUAAUUUUCCUGUUUAACUUUUGUAGUCACUUCUUUCAACUUUCAUGGUAGGAACAUGCCUGGAAUAGGUACACUUGUAGAUCUGUUGCUUUUCUACACUCUGGAAAGAAUCCUGUUCAAUAGAAUGGUGGGCUCAAUGGGCAAAAACUCCCAACAGGUUAAGACAGCAAUGGCUCUGUGGCUCAUGCUAGAAGAAAUAGGUUACCAUGACUUGAUUCGGAUGAUCCAUUCCUACGAUGAUAAUACCAUCGAAGCUCUUUUUAACGAGGCAUUGCAAUGCUUAGAGUUCAUACAACCUAAUGCUGCAUCGCCAACUGAACCAGAUGAUACUCCUGUUUUUCUAGGUCUUCUUGAUGAGCCUAUGAAUUUCAGAUUCUUCUACUAUAAUCGUGAGUUUAUGUACAAGCGUUACUUGCACAUUAUGGAGACUGUUUGCGACAAAAUAUUUGGUGAGAAUGCUGCUAUUGAAGUUGAUGAGUCUGGUAUGAAGCCACUGGCUAGACCUCUUGGAGAGGGAUCUACUUCACAGGCUUCCAGUGAAUCUAACUACCUGGUACAGAUUAAUCAAGGUAGUGAGGCACCAAAGCUGUCAAAUUUGAAUCCUGGUGCUGAUGAAUUUCGUCCAGGACAAACACCUGAAGAUACAAGAACAAUGUUUCUAACAUUCUCCAAAGGUCACCCUUUAAGCCGGGAAGAAAUUGUUCACUUCUUCACCUCGAACUGGGGAGAAGUGGUGCAAGAUGUUGUCAUUGAACACUCUCAUGCAGGGCAAGAACCUCAGUUCGGACGUAUUGUUUUCACUACUUCAUUGGUGAUACCAAGGGUUUUGAAUGGGCAAGCAAAAGCAAAAUUCUUGGUCAACCGAAAGCAUUUGUGGGCUCGUAUUUACGUGCCUCGCUAUAGAGGAAGGAGAAGUUAAUCAUCAACUAAUACAAGAAUCAAAGAAAGUAGUACUUUUUUUGAGUCCCUGAAUGGAGAUUUGAAUCUGACGCUUUCUCUUUUGAGUUUGUUUGUCUUUUAAAAUGGAUAUAACAUCAAUAGUUUCCUAUAUAAAAUUGAGUAUCUUUUGAUCAUAAUACAGCUUUCAUUAACGACUCUGAUACGUUCUUAAAAUUAUAAAA